GGAAGUCCUCCCCCCAUGAUGAGCUGGUGGAAGGACGGUGAUAAAGUGCACGAGGGUGCUGUCUACGCUGUGUCUGGAGCUGCUCCUGGAGAUGAUGGAGUAUACACAUGUCAAGCAAUGAAUUGUAUUUACGGAGGUGACAAGGAAAUGAUCCAGGAGAGCGAAUCUAUUCAGGUGAACGUUGAGGAGAUCGAGAGUACUGGAGAAGCAUUAGGAACACCCUGCCAAGUAUUCGGAGAUCCCCAUAUCGUUACCUACGAUAACAAGCUAUACGACUACAUGGGAGACUGCAACUACGUGCUGUCCAUGGAUUGCGAUUGGGGAGAGUGGGUCGUAUAUGGCAACUUCAAACAGUGUGGACCUAAAGACCUGGGGUAUCCUGCUUCGUGUUUAAUUGAUGUCACCGUGUUCUGGAACAGUAUCGGUCUUAACCUCCAAAGAGGAUGGAUUGUCGUCUACAGAGGAGAAAAGGUUCCUUUAAAAUACAAAGGAGAAGUGGAGGUAGAGGGUAUUAAGAUCCAGUAUGAUGGUCUUUACAUCACAGUCAUUCUUCCUAACGGCAUCAUGGUCACAUGGGACGGUAUCAUAUCUACUCAGGUUAUAUUGAAGAAGGACUCAGCUCGCAACACAUGUGGUCUCUGUGGUAACAACAACAAGGAUCCUAAUGACGAGUUCUUUGCCAGAUUCCAAAACGACAGUCCAGUCAGCAGUUUGAACGCUUUUGGAAACAGUUGGGAGAUUGAUAGAAUGGACGUAUGUGAUGAGUUGGGACAGGAGGUUCUAGCACAAGAAUUUUGUGAUAUGUACCCAGAGAGAGCCGCUGAAGGAGAAGUCAGAUGUCCGGAAGUUUUCAACAAUGCAGUGUUUGACGAGUGCCGACCCUUCCUCUCAACUGACGGCUACGAGGAGAAGUGCCGUUACGAUUUCUGUGCUCUGGACGAGAUGAGAGAGAUUCUUCUGGCUGAUUGUGGAGUUGCUGCUGCUUACGUCCAACAGUGCAAGGCCGUAUCAGGAGUUUAUAUAAGCGCAGCUAAAUGGAGGGCAGCAGUAAACUGCCCUACCGUAGCAGAACAUCAGAACGCUACUGUCGCAGAGGGAUGUCCCCAAGAAGAGCUUCCUUGGACUUUGGUUUAAGCAGCUCCUUAUAUGGGCAUCACGUGGUUUAAGCAGCUGCGGUACGAGCAAGUUCAUGAUUCAUAACGUCAGUGAUGGCAAAAUGGCAAUACACAGUGGAUAUGGAGCUUCGUUUUGUAUUAUUAUUUGCUAAUAGUGGUUAAUUAGGUGUAUUUGUCCCGUUUUAAGGACCCUUAAUUCGGUUCUGUGAUAAUUGUCAAAUUUGGGAUUUCUAGGAAUAUGGCGUGAAAUUUCAAUGGGUAGAAUUAAUAGAAACUGAGUAGUGAGUAAAUGGGUGAAGCUUAUACAAUUGUUUUCUGUUUAUUUAUGCAUUUCUGUAUAUUUCGCACAUAACGACAUGAUUUUUUAUGAAUUUU